AUGGCGACCCACAUGCUUCGACAGUUUGCUAGGCGGGCUGUAUACGCUCAUCCAUUGUUGAGGAGGCAGAGCAUACGGCUGGUCUCUUCUUCUCCACGUGUUAUUUUUGCUGGUAACAAAUGUUUGCAGCAGCCAUUUCUUGUCAGCAGCAGCUUGGCAGCAAAACCUCCAUGUCUUAUGGGCGUUCGCUUGUUUGCCGAUGCUGGAGCAGCGCUAUCAAGGGAAGAAAUUCAGACACGAGUCAUGGAUGUCUUAAAACUUUUUGACAAAGUGGAGCCCGAAAAGGCAAGUAUUUAGUUCCUGAAUAAGGGGGUGAGGGUCACUCCUCCUUCCUUAAUUUGCGUUUAUCAGCCUUAGGCAUCUUUGAACAAGUUGGGACGAUCUGUCCCUUGUAUAACCUUCACUGAUUGGUCGCUUCAUCGCAUACAAUACUAUAUACAUUUAAAGAUCUCCUGAGCCUCGCUAUUGCUUGGAUUUUGAAAACUUGAACAUAAUUUAACGUAAUUUUACUAAACAAUAUAAUGUUCAUUGUGUGGACUCCUACAGAACACAAAUCUUGUGUAAUAUGGGUACCCCGUCGACCAAGUAUCAGCCAUCAGUAUUGGCCGAUACUCAGUGGACCUGUCAGCCAACUCUCAGUGGACACAGCGGCUGACUCGGUUGAUAUGUCCGUCGCAUUCAGUCUGCCAGGUGCCGGUCUACAUGAAGAGCUGGCUGACACGUUGACCAAAGUAUCGGUCGAUAGUGUUGGUCACUGUGUUGACUGUUAAUCAGUCAACAUAUCAAUUAGUAGGUCAACAACAUUUUGCUUAUACUUUAUUGAUACUUAGUUGACUCUUCCUCUGUAGUUUUAUUUCCUGUCUGCACAAAUUUUUGUUGUUUCUAUUUAAUUUGCUUGAUUUAUUGUCGUUACAAUCAUUGCAGUAACAUACAUACACCAUAGCCAAACACGUAUCCCCCCCCCAGAAAAAAAAAAAAUAUUGGAUAAAUAGGGACUGUGUACCUCCAAACUUUCCUAUGGUGUCACCUUUUGGGUUUUUAAAGCUGAUCUAAAUAAAAUAAAGCCAAUAUAACAUUCAUUGCAAAGGGAAAUAGUAAUAGUAAUGUAAACAAGGUUAUAGAGCAUCUAGGAAACUGAGACAUUCAAAUGUAACACUAAAUGUAAUGAAACAAGGAGACAAGGUGAGACUGACCAUAGAAUGACAUGAGAAACCGAAUUAUUCCAUGCCAGCAAACUAUCUAAAAUUUAUGUCACUUCUGAUAACACAAAUUAUAUGGAAGUCAAUCAACAUACCACCAACAGUGAAACAAUAUUCUGCCAACACUUGACACUACCCAUAUCGUUGGUGCAUUGAACGGUAUACCAACCAACUAUAUUAUGUAAUCUGUUCUUGUAAAGGUACCCAGUUAAUUUUUCAGUAAGCUAAGUUUUAACAUUGUUAAAUUGCUACGUGUGGCUGUAUAGGUUAAUAUUUUGGCAUUGCUUUUUUGUUAGCUCACCCAUAAAAGUCAUUUUAUUAAUGACCUUGGAUUGGACAGCUUGGAUAUAGUUGAGAUUGUCAUGGCAUUGGAAGAUGACUUUGGUGAGUGCUUUAACCAUAGUGCCAAGCUUAUACUAGAAGUCACAACUAUUUUCAUACAAACUUAAAUGCAGUCAUACAGCUCUUUGAUCCCAAGGCUUAUGACAAUAAAUUGUCAUUCGACUCCUUAAAAUACGUUUAUCCUCUUGUUUGGUUCUCAGUUUUGGGUAUUAUUAAGCAUUCCAACACAUAUAACGUUGGCUGGAAAUGUGCAAGUUUUUGCUUAAUACAAGUUGUCUGCUUCAUACAGAUUCCUGUAAAAUGAGUCAUAGUUGAUGCAUAGCUUAGUAUACUUUGUUUGACAAAACAAGAUGCAGCACCUUCAGUGCCCUGGCUGCUAGAGGUUUUUGCCUUUCCUAAUUCCAACAAGUUUGCUGCAAAGCUUCUCAGGAGCUUUAUCAAACCUUGCACAUGGGUUAUUUCAUCCUAGGUAUUUUCAGAUUGGAUCUCUGGAGUCAGGACUUAUGUUCAGUUGUUUUGGUUUGAUCAGAAUUUUAUCACUUAGUCUGCGAACAAGCUCUCCAUGCUUGUUGGCUAUUUAUCACUCCUAGUGCUGCACAGUUAGUCUGUAACUAACAUUCAACCCAUGUUCUAUUGUAGCAAUUGAAAUAUCUGAUGAAGAAGCUGAAAAAGUGUUUACAGUUGAUGAUGCUGUGCAUUUAAUAGCUAAAGCAUUGGAUGAACAUUAGUCAUAAUGUGGUAAGCAGUCUCUGUUUUUUCUAAGUACGUCGAGCAAAACGUGCAAGGCACGAAAAUGACCACGCCCUUGACUGAAGGCUCCAGACAGGGGAGGCACUCAAUGCUCGCUCACACUUGUACUCCCUUCACUUAAUAUAAUAUUAAACUAUAUAGUAUAAUGUUAUAUUUAUUUUUAAUAUCCUCUCUCCUUAUGGGGCAUUUCAGGGAUAAUGAACCAACAAUUCAAAUGGAACAUAAUAUGGUUAAGAACUGGCUAGAGGCAAACCAGUUGGCUAUUUACAAGCGUGGCCUAGGAUUUGAACUCGGGACUACCGAGAACAAAUCUAGCAAGUGGUCAGUGCUGAACUUGAACAUGGGGGCUCUAGAUUACAAGUUCAGCACUCUAACUGUGCGGCCACGCUGCCUCCAUCAAAAAAAAUCUCAAGAAAAAGAGAAACUGAGUGCAGCAAGUGAACUUGUUUUUUAAAUCAAGACAAUUUGUGUUCACAAGGCAUUUUGCUUUAUUUUAGUGUUUUAACUGGCCAAGAUUCUCUAUUGUUAAACUGGGAGAGAUCGUACAUCAUGUCCGUGAGAGGAGCCACUUGUUGAGGCCCCGCGCGUCACUUAAAGUUUCGUUACUAGUUGAACCUGGUGUACAUUGAAUUGUAAUAAAGAUUUUCUAAUACCACUG